UUAUGUUACAAAAAAAAAAAAAAUAGGGAAUGGUUCUCAGGGUCCCGGCAAGGGAGAAAGGGGACAUAAAGAGUGGAUUUCUGUAUUUUUAGGAGAAGCAUUUCAAGUGUUGCCUGUCAAAGGGGCAGUGUCUCUUAUCUGGAACUCCUUGGCAUUUUAUAACAUGUUUUGUAAAUACUUUUCAUGGGGAAGCACUGGUUUUACUGUUUCUAGUUGGAUAUUGAUUACAUGUAAAAAAAGAAAAAUCGUGCUUCAGAUUGGGUGAAAUAGCCAAGUUAAAACUGUAAAUUGGAGUGAUCCAUUUCCUCUAUCCAGCCUUUGGGUGGAAUAAAACUCAAGAUAAAUAAAUGUUCACUUCUGGACUGGGCAGUCGUGUGUGGCAAGGGAAAUUUAGUUUUCUUCAGUCAAAGGCCUGACGUGCUAAAAUGCAAUCCAUACUGUAUUUAGCAGGUUAUAAGAAUUUGAAGGUAAGGAGAGCCACAGGUAAGUAUAUGACAGUGAAUGUGAAUUAAAACAGGUGACAACAUGAAGAGAGAGAAAUUGGUGUACUGAAUAUAGUGCAGAGACUUUGCAUUUUAACAGACCUGAGUGAGAAAUUGUUCCCUACCACAACCGAGCUGUGUGACCUUGAGUGAGAGGUGUAGCGGUCACUCUGGCCUGUAUCAGCAGAACUGAUGACGCGAACCCAGUGAUGGUUGACCUUGGGAAUGUCCACCUUUGCAAGACGGGAAAAUAUGGAUUCUGCGGGGCCGACAGACUAAGUGAGACAUUUAUCAAGGGGCCCCAGAUUCUCCUCCUUUUAUCUGAUAGAUGUUUGUGAGUGUCCACUGGGAUCGAGGCUCUGUGAUGGGUGAAGAAGACAGACAAAAAUUCCUGUGUACCGUCAGCUCCUGGGCUGGUUUUCCCUCAUGCACUGAAGACCUCUCCCCCAGAAGGCUGGCCGUUCCCCUGUGUGCUUCCGCAUGUGGAAGCCACAAAUACACGUCAUCUUAUAUUGAGUGGAUCCAUUCACUUCAGCUCCAGUUCUGUCCUCAGACUGGUCACACACCUUCCUCGCUACCUUCAGGGUGUUUGAAAACCUCCAGCCUCACCUUCCUUUCCAGACACAAGGGCCAAGCAGAGCUUCCAGCUCAGACUAGACCUCCAUGGAUCCACUCCAGAAAUGGAAUCCAGCGUUGACCUCGGAAUCUUCUCAGCUGACAGCUUCAGAGACUUCGCAGGAGGGCACAGUAGCUUCUUGGCCUUCCUCCUCAGAGCAGCUGAUGAUGGGCCUGGGUAACCCACGCCCUAGUCCCGGCACCAGCCACCCUGCACCUCAGCCAGAGGGGCUGCUCCAACAGCGAUACCGAGAGGAGAAGAGCCUGCAAGAGAGGCGGUGGGAAAGGUUGGCAUUCCCUCAGAGGAAGAAAGCAUUCCUGGGGCACCUGAGGCGGAGACACCGCGACCACAUGGCACCUUACCCGGUUGAGAGGGAACCCAGGAUCUCUCCCUCAGGGAACAGAGAUCAGAAUCGAUUCCGAUGUGAAUGUCGAUACUGCCAGAGCCAUAGGCCAACUCUUUCUGGGAUCCCUGCGGAGAGGAGCGGGGCUCCUCCUGCUUCUUCCUGGGAGACGCUAGUGCAGGGCCUCAGUGGUCUGACCCUCAGCCUGGGUGGUAGUAGUAGCCAGCCCGGCCUUCUGCCAGAAGGGGCUCUCCAGCAGCAGGAGAGAGAGGAGAAGUGCCAACUGGAGAGGCAGCAGGAGAGCAAAAGAGUGUUCCAGAGGCUGCUCAAACAGUGGUUAGAAGAAUACUGAGAUGCUUGUCAUCACACUACGGAGGUCGGAAGGGGUUCAGACAUAGAUGCGGUGUUGCCAGCUCCUGGGCGUGGGACCAGACAGUAAGCUCUAGUUGGAGGACUACCGAGACCUGUGUCAUGACUGGAAUCCUCCCAGCGUGAUGCUGGAAGGAAGUUCCUACUCUCUUGUGCCUGUCAUUCCUGGAUCGCUGUGAGGCAUUCUGUGACAAGGGGAACUGCAUACCAGUGGUCCUCACCUCAUCUCAUGUGGCUCCCGUGGUGCAUGUUUCCCACCCUGGAUCUCCAUCUUUCCUCUCUACCUUGUUGUCAGUAAGAGAUAAAAUGUCUGUGCAGUGUGAUUGCCUUGUUGCUGUCCCUGUGCUUUUGUGCCAUUUAACUGACUGCCUCCCAGAAGCAGCACUAGGUCUGUUGAAAUGCGCUGUGCUCCGCAGGUCCCACCUGCGGUGCAUCUUACAAGGGUACACGUGAAGCUUAGUAAAUGUAGAAUAUAAAUGUCUUAACACAAUAACUAAGAAAAUGUCAGGAAGGCUAUGUUAAACCAGUGUGAUGGAAAUGUGUCAAACGGUCUAUAAAACCAGUGUAUGGUGCCCCAUGAUCGCAUUAAUGUACGCAGCCAUGAUUUAAUAAUAAUAAUGAAAAAAAGAAAUGCA